AUGCAGCGCUACUCUGUCGUCGUCAGCGACACUGGCUGGCUGGUGCCUCUCAAGCUCCUCGUGCCCUUCCAGUCUUCGUCCAAUGAGGCCGCUCUCAUCGCCGAAAUCGUCAAGCGCGCAGCUCGCUACGGCAAGACUCUCAAUGCCGCCAGCUGCACUUUGCGCCUGGCUAGCAUCGAUGGUCCCAUCCUUGACCCUGAUGACACUCUAUCCGACUUGGUCGUCGACGAAGAGCUCUUUGCUGUCUUCAACUCUGCCAACAAUGGACCUUCAGCCCAAGCUACCGAUGUCGCCAUGACCGGAGCCCAAGGCCAAGCAACCGGGUCCCAGCAGUCGCCCACCAUCCCCAACGCCAUCUCCAUUCGCAUCAUCACGCCAGUCAUUGCAAAGUUGAUGACCAAAGACCCAAAGUCCUUGCCUACGCCAGCCUUCAACCUGCCCGCCACAGCAAAGAUCAAGCAGCUCCAUAACGAUGCCGUUCGCCAUCUCAGCAACAACCCUCCUGACUGGUUGCCCUCUACUUCGGUGCUGGACCUGCACAUCCACGAGCUACCUAUCUCCGUUGCUUGUCUGGACUUGACUCUCGAGGAGACGGGCUUGGUCUCAUGUGCCAAGGAUGGCCUUCUCACUCUCUAUGCUGUGCCGCGUCCUGCCUCGGCCGCCCGCUCAUCCCAACCUACCGUCAGAGUCGUCAAGAAUGACUUCUACGCUGCCGGCCCUCACUGGCAGCCUGAUGUACCACAGUCUAAUCGCGGUAUCGCCAUGUUCUUGUCGUCUCUGAGAGUCUUCUCACAGCUGCUGAAGAGUGACUCUUUUGGAGACGAUCAUAGGGACAGAGUUGUUUACGUCUUCGAUAUCUUGUGUUCGUUCCCUCCCGCUGUGCGCGCUCUGCACUUGUUGAUUCAAGGACGCACCAUCACUCACAUGGCAUGUGCUGCUCUAAGCCAGGCUUUCUAUUGCGUGCUUGAGGACCUUGGCCACAAGAAGCUCAUCAAUAAUGACAAUACCAGACUNUUUGAAGGUACCCGUCCCGUCCUCGGUCUUAUCAUGGAGAAGGCCUAUCAGCUCAAAUCAACUCGGAUCGUGGUGCCCACUUACUCGUUGCAAAUCCAGAAGGUGCAAUUUCAGGCCUCUGGACAGGCAGCAUUCAACCUCAUCCCUGUGGAUGGAGACCGUCCUGUCGACCCCACCACGACAUAUGUACCGCCGGUGGUCGGCUCAGGACAGCUGAACCUGGAACUGCUCUCAGAGUCCGAGCAGGAUGCAGUCGUGUUCAGUGACUUUGACGAUCCUUCCGCUCGCAUCCAGACUUCGCAAGAAGUUGUCAGUCCUGAAGAUCUCCGCAACUUGCACCAGCUUGCCAAUAUCUGUGGCAAGGUCUGUUUGUCUGUCAUCAGACCUUCUCUGCUAUCUUGGGUUGCACCAGAGUACUUGACAUUUGACUCACAAGGUUACGUGGCCGUCUACACUGGCAAGGCUGGCUGCGCCGCUCCUGGUCGCGAAACUGUNCUUUUCCGACCCCUGCACGGCGAGGAGACCCCAAACGUGGGACAGGUUGAGCAGCUUCUCGCCCCCAUCCUUGAGACCUAUGAGCAAGAUGGCACCAACGUCUUCGAUAUACUCGGCUCGUCUGAAACCCGUGCCCUUGAGCAGCCUGACGAGAUAGUCAUGUUUGCUGUAGACUGCAGUGUGAGCAUGUUGUCGGCCACGAAUCUUCUUGGUGUCGACACUAGUGCAGAUGUCCCCCAAGAACCAGAAAUUCUACCAAUCUCUCCUCAUGUCUACAAUCGAGUCGAACUCGAAGUCACAAAGAAGACUCUUUCUGAACACGAGGGCUUUGAAGAGAUACUUGGCUGCGUAGUUGACACCUGCAGCAGAGAAAAACCUAAAGUCGCGGCCAAGAUGCUGAACGUGCUCUAUGACAUACUCACAACUGAAGUUGCAAAGCUUCAAAGAGGACCUGCAUUUGGCACAUAUCAACGCUACCAAAACAACUUCAAGAUCGCAAACCUCGAACUCUUUGCCGCUGGCAUCAAGCGUUUCGAACAAGAACUUAUCGAUAUGGUCAUUCUACGUUCAAUGGCUGAACCUUCAGAAGAUUGGACAUGGGAUUUAGGCGAAGACAUUCCUGGCCGUACGCAGUUGCCGCCUCUUCCUAGCGAAGUCACUUUGAUUCCCGCGGACCUCAGAUGUCCGAUUAAGCUUGACCUCAUCCAGGAUCCCGUCACCGCAGCUGAUGGGCAAGUCUAUGGUCGUCAGGCCAUAGUCAAAUGGAUGGCAUAUAAACGUUCGUCACCACUGACUGGUUUGAUGCUUCAGGACACCGAGCUCACUCCUCAUCUUGAGUUGGCUGAACAAGCAGACAAUUGGCUCCAAGCUGAGGACCUUGUCGAGCCUGAGGAACGUCCGAUGAACAAGCGUCGCCGUACUUCACCUCGUAACAACGCGAUCACGUUUUCAAGCCCUUCCCAGCAAUUCUACAGAGUUCUCUCACCCAACACCACCUUGAUUGACUUGUACAGNGUCGCAUUCCGCGGCAUGAGAGGCCGCUACAACUCNUUCCAGUUGUCGUUCAACGAGAUCCUUCUACCAACCUCGGACACCAUCUCAUCUGCGGGUAUCACUGGAGGCAGUUCCAUCACUAUCAAUGUGCCUGAUGAUGCCAACACGAUUCAGAAUGGAACUUCGUCUCUUUGUCUGAUCAGGGUCUACUCAAGCAAGAACUAUUACUCUCCCGAGUUUUGUUUCUGGAUCCCUAAGGACACCAAAGUCUCUCUUGGAAGUCUUACCAUGAAAUGGUGGCGAUAUCAGUGGACAGAAGAUCCUUGGCAUGAUUACAAGAAGCAGGAGAUCUGGACAGACCUCAAGAGCAACGGUGAUGACCGCUACAUUGGUAACAUCGCCGAAGAUGAUGAGUCACUCCGCAGCUAUCUUACCCAUCAGCAUGCCUUCGGAAAGCAGGAGCGUGAGCCUGUGUACAAGGAAGAGAAGAAGGGCUCUUCCGAUGCUGAUGAACUUGAACGUGAUGAGGAUCAAGAGAACGAAUUCAAACCUCUGGUCUUGAAGGUCAAAUUCUCUGAGGCUGCCGGUCACGAAAAGAGAAAGCGUUCCUUGUCUCGUCUCCAGGUCUUGAAGCAGAUGUUCGAGGCUAUGAUCAAUCGCCUGAUUGCUUAUUCGUACAAGACGCAUAUUGGCUUGGUCACCUUUGACUCAACUGCUAGAGUGUCUCAAUCGAUCACACACGUCAUCGAGAACUUCAGAAGAAGUAUGGAGAAAAUGCACGCACGUGGUGAUACCGCACUUUGGGACGGACUCAAGCUUGCACAGACUGAGAUAAUGAAACACGCCCAGAAGUAUCCUCAAGCACAACGUCGUAUCAUCUGUCUGUCCGACGGCAAUGACACCAAAUCAACUGCUGGACCUGCUGAUUUGUGCUGGGAGCUUCGCAACAACAAGAUCGCUGUCGACUCGGUUUACAUUGGUCACGAUGACAACAUGGACUUGAGAGCACUGUCAACCAUGCUGAAGUCUUACUGCUUUUAUCCUAGAGACCUGACAACUGCACUGGCUAUCUGUGAGAUGGAGCCCGUCUUGUCGCAGACUGAGCGUCCACCACCUGCUCCAACUACUACUGUGAUCCAUCGUACCUCAGCCUUGAAUGACUUUUACAAUGCUCGUUAUAUGGCUGCAUUCACGAUCGUCACUCAAGAUGUGUACCCGAAGCGCAAGGAGCACCCCAGACUGGAGGACACUUUCAUUCAGUUGGCCAAUUGUGUCCGGUCGAACGCCGGUCCACAAUCUGAUCUUCCUACGUUGAGAGCGUCUCGUCUUCUCGUCGAGAUGCGCAACAUGGCUGCUGAUCCCAACCCGAUGUAUGAUUGUUACGUUUCUGAGGCCGACAUGUUCUUCUGGAAGAUUGUAAUCGAGGGUCCUCCAAACACUCCAUACGAGGAUUGCAACUUCUUGCUGUACCUUGAGAUGCCCGAGAACUACCCUACCUUCCCUCCGAAAGGUCGUUUCGUAACUCCGAUCUUUCACCCCAACAUCAACCGCCACGGCCGUAUCUGCCACAGCAUCUUUGACCGUGAUUGGACCACAGACACCACUCUCAAGAGCGUUCUCGAUACUGUCUAUGGUCUUCUACUUCAAGCUGAGACCAGCGACGCUGUGCACACCACCGUUACCCUCGGCUUCCAUCACAACGAACUAGCCUUUGCAGAGGAGGCCCGCCGCCAUGCCAACAAGCACGGCAGCAAAUCUCGCGAAGAGUGGAAGUACGAGCUGCUUGACCUUGACGAGGAAGACGAGGAGGAUGGUUAUGAUGAAGGUGAAGAGGAGGAUGAAGAUAUGGACAGCCAGUGGUAG